AUGACCUCGUUCAAUGGCAUUUUGCAAUUGGAACAAAGCCAGAAAGCCAACAUGAAUCGUUUACCAUCUGUUUCCAGCCUCAUGUCCCCUCCAGAAGCAAAACCGUUUGAGACGUUCAGUCCUCCAUUUUCACACUUUGCAGUGUCACAGGAUCUGUCUUCAAACCACGAGAUUAAACUUCCUCCCAUCUCAGCUGAUCGGAAGCGGACACAGUCAGAAAUGGAUUUGCCAUCUCCACCAGUCACUCCCUACACUGGGAACAAGAAAAGGAAGUCGCAAGUUUCUGAGCAAAUCGACAGCGAUGUGGUCGGAUCUUCCACAGAUCCUGUGCUUUUCCCUCGCAAUGAUCCUGUUGCUGAUGUUGCCACUGAUGAGCCAUUAUUUGGACCAAUGCUUCCCCCAACAGCAGAAGCACUGAUCGAGCAACAUAUCAAUACACAUAUGGCAAGAUUUGACAAUAAAUUGAACAAACCGACGCGUGAUGAGUAUAUCCUGGCUCUUUCAUGUGUACCGAUUGUUUCGACUCAGUAUAACCGCAAUCCAGUAGCCUGGGCUAAAGAGGAACGUGAGACGUUAGAACGUCAGUUGGCCAUGAUGAAUCGUUGCCGUCCUGCAGCUCUGGAGGCGAAUUUGAAAAGGAUUGCCCCGGCACCCGCCAAAAAAGCAGUUACUUCCCAGCCCCGUGUGCAACGUACACCUCGAGUCAAACGUACACCGCGGUCCACUCCCAAGCACAAGGCCCUUGAUUCAUUUGUUUCAUCUGUACCGCAAAUUUCCAAGGCGACUCGGGCCAUAGGAACAAAUCGCGAUGAUACAGAUUACAACUCCCUCGAAGACUUGUCCCCACCCAUCUCAACUCUUGGUGGCAAUGCGAAAGCAUUAAAGGCGGACUGGAAGGGCCAAAUGCUAGAUUUGAGCAACGAUCCAGAUCGGCACCUACUUAAUCCUGCCGAGGUCAACCUUGCUGCCACUUUGAGGCUGUCAUGUGCAACGUAUCUGUGCAGCAAGCGCCGCAUUUUCGAGGCUCGUGUUAGGGCUCUGAAUGUCGGUAAAGAAUUUCGCAAAACAGACGCGCAACAAGCUUGCAAGAUCGAUGUCAACAAGGCAAGCAAAUUAUGGACUGCGUAUGAGCGUGUCGGUUGGUUUAAUCCAGAGCUUUUUCAGCAACAUCGGAGGUGA